GCUCAAAGCACUAUGUCACAUGCGCCCAGAAUGUGUUUGCAUGGGUAAACACGUAACAAGUGUCUUUGCCUUUUCCUUCUGCAGCAUCCAUCGUAAUUGGGAAAUGGUGGUGCGAGAUGGAACCCUGUCUGGAGGGAGAGGAGUGUAAGACCCUGCCUGACAACUCUGGAUGGAUGUGCUCCUCUGGGAACAAGAUCAAGACCACAAGGAACACCCAGCCAUACUCCCCUUUUUAGCUUCUGGAAGCAAAAUGCAGAGGAUGCGUCAACAGAAAUUGAGCUGCAUUCUUGCUUCUGUAAAGAGAGGGAGCCCUUCAUUGCCUGUUCUGUAUCAGCAGACAAGGCAGGCCCUUUUGUUUGUGGGAGUCACAGUUGAGAGUGAGGCUGGGGAGCACCUUCCAAAGCACUCGCCCAUCAUAGAUCCGCAUUACCCGCUCCGCUGGCUAAAUAGAUCAAUCCAUUUCUGCUCCCUCCAAACAAUUAUACUCCUUAAGACAGAAAGAAUGAGAACAGCUGGGAUAAAAAAAAUAUAUUUAAUUUUACUAGUUAUAUUUUCAUAUUCUGAAUGGUCGGCUAAAUAUUAUGAAAUGUUUGACAACCUCGCUUUUUUGAGCAAGAGGAGGGAGUUUAAAGCAAGCCCCAUAUGGCAUUUCACAAAUGUUAAUCAUUCUUUCUUUGUCAACACCUCAUGCUGCAGCAUUACCACCUAUUCGUGUACAAUAGUUUAACACAUAAAUUCCACCAGAGUGUGUAACUGUUCAGUUAAGUGACUGCAAAGCAUUCCCUUUUCAUCACCAUCUUUUUUUCUCCAGCUAUAUUUGCCAUGAUUUAUCAGCUGCCAUAUGUCAUUUCCAAAAGACCAGACAACGCUUUUCUAAGAAUAAAUAAAUAAAUAAACACACUGUGCUAGAAUCUAGGCCACCGGUGAUGACAGUCUUUGAGCGAAAGUGGCCUGCGAACAAAUGCAUCAUCAUCUAUUUUGUCCCCCCAAAAAAAGGAGACGACACUCAAAAUUAAAUUAGCCACGGCGUAUCAAGUGUGAUUCACCCAGGCUGGAUCUUUUCCACCUGCGUUCUUAAUCGUGCUUCUUCCUCUCCUCCAGGCCUGUAUAAUGUCAUCUGGGCCAUAAGCACAAAAUUAUAGAAUUAGAAAAAAAAUGUUUUAGCUGCCAAACCGAUUGCAGCCAAUUGGACAUUGUUAUACAGGUCUUGAGUGAAGGAGUUCACUCCAAGUGUUACUUAUUAAUUUUAUAUUAAUUCUCUUUUCUUUCUUUUCAUUGUCAAUAUUUCAUUAAAUGGAUCUUGAUGCAACGUGUUGUCU